AAUUUUGAUACUGUACAUUCAACAUUGCGGCCAUGGCAGCCACUCAUCGUGUUGCGUUCAUGAACGGUCCUGGCAAGGAUUUGGAGGUGGCAACUUCCGAUGCUCUCCAAGUCGGGCCAAACGAAGUGCUUAUCAGAAAUCAUGCCGUUGCCCUGCAGCCCUUGGAUACGAAGAUGCUGCUCGCCGGAUACGGCCCUGCCACGAAACUAAAUUACCCCGCUGUACUGGGUACUGGUGGUGCUGGCGUCAUCCAAGCAGUGGGUGAGGACGUUGACGGGUUUAGCGUUGGUGACAGCGUGGUGUUCGAUACGAAGGCGUACGUGGACGUUGAGCAGAAUCGGCGAACAGGUACUUGGCAGGAAGUUGUUGCUUGCAGCGCGAAAUCGGUAGCAAAGAUCGGCGAUAUCGCUUUCGAACAGGCCGUUUUGGUCGACUUCCCCCUCCAGACAGCGGUCGCUGCUCUGCAUGUUUUUCUCGGCAUGGGAAAGCCUGGUAGUGGUAAUAGAGAGGAGAAGGUACUCAUCUGGGGUGCUGGAGGAGCAGUCGGUUCUUAUGCAGUGCAAUACGCGAAGCAAGUUGGGUAUACAGUAGUUGUGACUGCCUCGUCCAGAGACAACGAGCGCCAGCAAAAGCUUGGAGCCACGCAUGUGGUGGAUUACAGAGCUGCUGAUGUGGUUGACAAAUUGCGUCAACUUGGUCCAUACAGAUAUCUCUUUACGGCGAGUGGCGAUGCAGCUUCCCAGACGGCACUGGCUACGCUCCUCCAGCCAACUAGAGGCAAGUUCGCGAGUGUAUUGCCCAGCACUACUGACCUGCCUUCAAACGUGGAGGUAGUUUACAAAGCCUUUUCCCAAGCUGCACAAGACGAGCAAUACAGCAACUGGAGAGAUUGGUGGUACCAAGAGUACCUACCUGAAGUCCUGUUCAAGGGCUUAGUGGAUACAGUAAAGUUUACUAAGGUCGAAGGCGGCCUGCCAGCGUUACAGCAAGCCAGUGAAGAUGUUUUCAAUGGGAAGGUCAAAGGGAAGCUCGUGAUCAACCCCCAGGAGUAGUCUGUCUGGUUCUACACGUCCGGGGAAAAUGCCCGAUUCUCAGAUGGAAUGUUGCGGAAACGGGGCCGACUGUAACUCGACAGCAAGCAGUAGACAGAAUGCCAUCCAUCUCUU